CAUUGCAAUGAGAGCUUACAACUUACUGGUACUUACCUUUGUAACUGUACUGUUAUCCUUUACCGGAUGCAGCGGUGCAUUACUGUCGGAACACCGUCCUGGCAAUAAUGGACAUGUUUCCGUAAAACGUUCUUGUGACGAACCAACGACACCACCGCCUUGUAAACCACCCACAACAACGACAACAACCUGUAAACCUCCCACAACAACGACAACGACAACAACCUGUAAACCACCCACAACAACGACAACAACUACAACCUGUAAACCACCCACAACAACGACAACGACAACAACCUGUAAACCACCCACAACAACGACAACGACAACAACCUGUAAACCUCCCACAACAACGACAACAACUACAACCUGUAAACCACCCACAACAACGACAACAACUACAACCUGUAAACCUCCCACAACAACGACAACAACAACAACCUGUAAACCACCCACAACAACGACAACAACUUGCAAACCACCCAGCAUAGACACAACAACGACAACAACAACUUGCAAACCACCCAGCAAAGACACAACUACGACAACAACUUGCAAACCACCCAGCAUAGACACAACAACGACAACAACAACUUGCAAACCACCCAGCAUAGACACAACUACGACAACAACUUGCAAACCACCCAGCAAAGACACAACAACGACAACAACUUGCAAACCACCCAGCAUAGACACAAUAACGACAACAACAACUUGCCAACCACCCAGCAAAGACACAACAACGACAACCUGUAAGCCACCCACAACAACGACAACAGCACCCUGUAAAGAAACAACAACUCCAUCCUGUGAAACAACCCCGGGAACACCCUCAAACACAAUUGAAGACCCAGCUGCACUUGCAGAGAUUUUGACAUCGAGACACGACUGUCGUGGUAUACAAGAUGGCACUCUCUAUGGCGAUCGUCGCCAUUGCCGCCGGUUCUAUGUGUGUAGGAACAAUCGCUCCAGGCGUCAAAUUUGCCCCAAUGGCGAGUGGUUCGAUCGGCAGUUGCAAACAUGUCAACCACGUGGCCAGGUUACAAAUUGCAUUGGAAAUCGUAACUAACUAAGAGGUUUCAGUGAAUCCAACCCAGCUAAUCUACCAUGAUCCCACGCAAUAUCCAUUUAUCCCUAAUAUACGCCACUGAUUUUUUUUUACCAUAAGUAAUGAACCAUAUAAAUUAAAUGCAGCAUUCAAAAAACCGA